AUGGUCCUGUGCUGUCCCGUAUUGCCCGUCCUUCCCCGUGCUUGCCCCGUGCCCGUGCCCGUGCUGUCUGCCCGUGUUCCCUGUGCUUCUGCUCGUGCUCUACCCGUGCUGUUUGUUCCCGUGCGUGCCCCACCUGUACCACCCGUGCUGUCAGUGCCCGUGCUGCCCCGUUCUGCUCGUGCUACCUCCCCUUGUGCUGCCUCUUUCUGCAUGUGCUGCUCCAUUGUCCCCGUGUUGCCCCGUUCUGCCCGUGUUGCCCCGUUCAGCCCGUGUCCUGCCCCGUUCAGGCCGUGUCCUGCCCCGUUCUGCUCGUGUUGCCUCGUUCAGCCCGUGUCCUGCCCCGUUCUGCCCGUGUUGGCCUGUUCUGCCCGUGCUGCCCCGUUCUGCCCGUUUGUGUCCUACCCGUGCUGUCCGUACCCGUUGGUGCCCCACCCGUGCUGUCAGUUCUCGCUCGUGCCCCACCCGGUCUGUGCUGCCCGGUCUCGUGCUGCCUGUCACCCCCGUGCGGCCCAUCCCGUACAGCACCUAGUUGCUACCCGAACCCGCUACCCGUACCCGUGCUCCUCGCACACCGUGCACCAGCUGCGGGGCGUUCAGCCGCAGCCGGGCACCUGUUCCACUGCGGUGGUUCAGAUGCAGCUUGGUGGUUGCUGCUUGUCGGCUUCAGAGGGGGCCCCUUGCUGGUGUUCCCACGCCCUGUAA